AUCCUAUUUUUCAUACGACCUGCAGAAAAAGAAAAGAAAAGAAAAAGAACGCAAAAGCAAAGAAAAGAAAAGAAAAAAAAAAUCCUACCUUUUUGAACUCCCCCUUUCACGAGCUCUUCUGAAAAAGCUAGGGUUUCUCCGCUCGAUUUCAAGAUUCUCUCUCCAUCUUUCCCUCAUUCUCUCAAUCUAUCCACCAGCUAUUGUGCACUCUCGCUAUUUUAUCCUCAUCUUCUUCUGAUCGCUGCAUUGUUGUUGGUGUUUUUUUUUUUUUCUUCUUCUUUCUGGGUAUCUUGGCGUUCUAGCGACUAGAUGCAGCAGCGGUGCUGUUUGUUUCCAAUUUGCCUUCCUUUUUUCUCCCCUCUUUGAAUAAAGAGACAAAGAAAUGAUUUAGUGUAAAUACAGCACUUUUUGGAAACUUCCAUGUCAAGCAAUUUGCGUUGAAUGUGAUCCAACUAUGCUUUUGACACUUCACUCACAUUCCAUCACAUGGGAACUCUGUCUCUGUCUCUCUAUUCUCUCCUAUAAAUGAGAGCUUCAUUUCCUUGAUUCCCUCUUUUCUUUUGGGUGCUUCAUUCCUGAGUAACCUGUGAAUUUUGGUUCUUUUAUUUUUUAGGUAAUAUCCCAAUCUCUCAGGCCUUUUGGGUACUCUCAGGAUGGAUGGCAUUAAUGCUUUCGCUUCGGAUUUUCUAAGAUUCAGGGAAUGUCCUAGCGUUGACAUUGAAGGAUAUUUAUAGCAUUUUUAUGUUUGAAGAUCGGGGCAUCUCGAUAAGUUUCUGGGUUUAUUUAUUUAGUUGUUCGUAUUUAGUUAGUGAUGGAGGACAUUGGGUUGGUGAAGCAAGGAUGGACAUGGCUGCAGACGCAGAAAAAUGCCUACUCGCGCCUGAAAAAUGCAGCCUUAUGUUUAAGGGACAAGAUAGGUGUAUUCAUAGAGCGCCAUUGGCCGCUGGUGUGCCGUGGAUUUCUGAGAUUUGGUCAAUUAGUGAGUUUCCUUCUGAUUUGUUGGAAAGACUGCCUUCUAAGGGGUUUCAAGUCAGUUAUAAAACUGAGUUCAGCAGCUUUGUUUCUUAUAAUGUGGAGUUGCUUUCUUAGCCUCACUUCAAUGUCUUGUGUGCUUUAUGUCUUGCUUAGUAUGAUUGCUGCAGGAGCUGCUGUUCAGUAUUUGGGUUAUACUCCUGGACUUUUUAUUGUAGGUCUAUUUGCUAUUUUAAUUCUGUGGAUGUAUGCUAACUUCUGGAUAACUGGAACAUUGUUUAUAGUUGGAGGUUAUCUCUUCUCUUUGAAUCAUGCGCGUCUGGUGGUCUUAAUGGCGACUAUGUAUGCUAUUUAUUGUGUGAAAGUUCGAGUUGGAUGGCAUGGUGUUUUUCUAUCAAUAAACCUUACAUUUUUAUCAAAUGAUGUAUUAAAUUAUUUGCUCCAAUGGUGUGAUAAUAUCAAUGAAAGUACACGCUUUGAAGAGCAGAAGGAAUCUGAAACAGUUAUGCAAGAUGAGUUCUCUCUGGAGUCUGAAUAUUCGGUUCCUACCAAUGGAUCUGAAAAGUUGCAGUCAUGCGAAUCAUCGAGUAAAUCAGCUUCUGCUACAUCUGUUAUCAGUGGCCAAAAUGAGUCUUCUACUAGAAAGGUAGUUAGAGAAGAAACAAACUCAGUUGAUGAGAUGAGAAGGAUAUUAAAUAGUGUAGAUCAUUAUGAAGCACUAGGAUUUCCUCGUCAUAAACGAAUUGAUACUACAAUUUUGAGAAGGGAAUAUCGGAAGAAGGCCAUGGUUGUUCACCCUGAUAAAAAUAUGGGAAGUACUUUGGCAAGCGAAUCAUUUAAGAAGCUUAAUUGUGCUUAUGAGGUUCUGUCUGAUUCAUUGAAAAAGAGGGACUAUGAUGAGCAAUUGAGAAAGGAAGAAUUGAAGACUAGGAGUGUAUGUCAAAAGUCCCAUGUUACUCCUCGUCAGGGCAACGAAGACUAUUGCUCUGAGGAGUCGAGGCGUAUACAGUGCACAAAAUGUGGCAAUUCACAUAUAUGGGUGUGCACCAAUAGGAGCAAGGCAAAGGCCAGAUGGUGUCAGGAUUGCUGCCAAUACCAUCAAGCCAAAGAUGGAGAUGGGUGGGUUGAAUACAAAGGCUCGUUGGUCUUUGAUAGGCCUCAAAAGGUGGAAAUACCCUGUGCUUUUGUCUGUGCUGAAAGUAAAAUCUUUGAUGUGUCAGAAUGGGCUAUUUGUCAGGGAAUGGCAUGUAGGCCUAAUACCCAUAGGCCUAGCUUCCAUGUAAACAUGGUUGGUUUGGAGAAGACACAACGUUCGAAAUCAAGCAGAUACCCUUGGGAUUUGGAUGCUGAGAUGAUGGAUGAUGAUGGAAAAGAAUUUGAGCUGUGGCUUCAGCAGGCAUUGGCUUCUGGGCUCUUUUGUGAGACCUCCACACGGAGAAAGAGCUGGAGUCCAUUCAAACUGCAUCAAAAGAAAGGGAAGAAGCAAUGGCGAAGGUCAUCUACUUGAGUGAUUGACAAGAUUUUAAUGGAGUAGUACAGAAAAUUUCAUAGCCCAUCCAAGUAAAGUGUAACUGUGUCGUAGGUGAUUAUGUCAAAGAUCAGAUCAACCAAUGUGAUCUGAUGAUCCCAUUUCCAGCCAAGACGAGUUUUGGGGUGAGCUGCCUUAACCAACAACAUUUUAGAGCAUAUUUUGAGCGCAAUAUGACACCUGAAACCUCAUUGCAAUGUCCGUACAGCAAGAAAAUGAAAAAGAAAAACAAAGAAAAUCAUCUCAAUGAGAUGCAUGUUGAUUUCUCAUUUCGUGUACAUAUUAUGUUCAAUAAAAUUCUCAUCUUGACUCGUGCACUUGCUUUCCUUUUAGAGAUAUUCAGCUGUUGCUGCUUGCUUCGUAAUUUGGUAAAUGAUACAACUUUUUUGAUGUAAUCAGAUUUGUUUCAGUUCUUAAUGUAUUGAUUGAAUUAAACUACGUACCCCAAA